GGGCGGUAAUGGAUCGUCAUCAUCUAAGUUGCGUUACUCGCGUUCUUGGCACCAAUCAGCCUGUGCCAAUCACACCAACUCCUUCUAUCUAUACCUUAUUAUUUUAACUUAACAACCAACAUCAUAGACCACUACCUCCCAUUAUACAUCUACUACUAACCCCAAAUCUCUUAUAUCCGACUUGAUUACCAAACCUCUCUUCAGCCUGGGUCCAGCGUCUAAAUCGGAGUUAAGCAUCCCAGGAUCUUAGCGCCCAAUCGGAGAUGAUCACUAAUACCCACUAUAGAUUUACGUGACUCCAUAUCAAGCGCGUUUGAUUCCAAACCCACGAGGCACAGCAGGGAAAAGCCAACGCCGAACCCCUGUUUUGCGAGCAUUCUCAAUUCAAAAUGAGUUCCAAGGAGUUUAACAGUGGAGAUAACUAACCAACGCUACAAACGCCACUACCGUGCAUCAUGAUGGUGAUACGAAAAUCGCACGAGUGUGACUCUUUCGGCGAACUGGAACAUCAGUCGUACUAACAGAAACUGAUUGAAAUGAGGAAACCAGACAUUGAAUAUGUUGUCGAGUAUAUACCUUAGAAUGUGUAUAAGAAGGGGGCAAAGGGAAGCAGGAAGGCAAGAAGAAACACCGGAUAGGAACCAUCCAGGCAUCCUCAACGAAAGAAUAAACCCUAUUAGCCAACCUCAGCUUAAAAGGAAAUAAAAAUAAUCUCUAAAAUGCCUCUCACAAGCGAUGUCACCAUCAAUUUCUCUCGGUUCGACCCAAAGAACACCCCUGAGGAAGCGAAGCAAUACAGCGACUUCCUCGAGAAGACAACCACCUCGGUGCCGAGAUGGUUCGAGAUUGGAGCGCCCAAGUUCCGUGAGUUGAUAGAGGAAGGAGGCUUCGGCGGACUUAAGCCAGUCACCCUCCCCGAAGCCCAAGAAUUCGAGGUUCCCUCGCGUGAGCCAGGCCGUACCAUCCCCAUACGGAUGUACAAGCCUGACAACGGGAAGCCCACCAAGGGUAUCAUGCUACACAUCCACGGGGGCGGAUAUUGUCUCGGCAGCCACAGACAUGUCGACGGCCUUCUCAAAUUCUACGCUAACACAGCACAACUAACAGCCCUCUCAAUCGGGUACCGUCUAGCACCCGAGCAUCCCUACCCAGCCGGUCUAGAAGACUGCAUUGACGCAACAUCGCACCUCCUCUCCAACCCCUCUCUGCACGGGCCACUGCUCUUCAUGGCAGGCGAGUCCGGCGGCUCGCACUUCGCGGUGCUAACAACCUUCCACCUCCUCCGAUCGCAUCCGGAUUUCUCCCUGAAAGGCCUCAUCCUUCCCUACGGGAACUACUCCAUCACCAUGAGCACGCCCUCCCUAGUGACCUACACCAAGCCCGUCCUCGUCGACCGCGACAUCAUCACGCAUUUCAGGGACGCGUAUACCCCAGGCUGGACCCAGGCGGAGCGCCAGAACCCGCGCGCGUCGCCCAUGUUCGACGAUCUGCAGGCUCUGGCUAGCGCCAGUGCGGACGGGAAGCUGCCUCCCGCGCUGUUCCUGUGCGGGACGAACGAUCCCAUGCUAGACGAUACGCUGCUCAUGGGGCUGAAGUGGCAGGCCACGGGCAGCGAGGCGAUCAUCAAGAUCUUCCCGGGCGCGCCGCAUGUCUUCAAUGUGCCGACGCUGGAGAUUGGGAAGGAGGCGUUUGGAUAUGAGGCUGAGUUCUUGCUUAGCAAGAUGUAGAUUAAGAUUUGGUAGAGUGGGAAUAUGGUCGAAUCGUGGGAGAAAGGGGCGUGGGUGUGAGUUUACGGAUCUGUGUUUGGGAAAGGGGGCAGCUUGAUGUAGGUAGUUAGAUGAUGAUGCAUGGAGAAUUGGAA